AGCCUUUGUGGUAUACCAAGAAAAAACAAUGGAAUCCAAGACUGGUAGAAAUCACAACAAAAUGGUCCUAGUUGAAGUAAAAGCUCUUGAUGAAAGUAGUGUUGUUUUCGAGGCACCUGGUAUAAUGAGUUUAACUUUACAAGUUCCCUGCAGAUCCAAAAAUUCGGAGGUUUUCGUCAAAUUUUUUCAAGACGAACCAGUUUUCAUGAUUGAUUGUGGAGCAGAAGCAGCCAAGUGGAUAUCCAACUAUCUUUUACAAGAAGACUUCGGGUUGAGAUUGGGUUAUAAUGACGGCAGUCAUCAACGGGUUUUGAUACCAAAAUUUUUGAAAGAGCUGGAUGAUUAUAACCACAGGGGUAUCAGCAGGAACUCUGCAGGUUUGAAUUCUGACCUAACGGCGGUCAUGAUGAUGACUCAGGCUUCUGUGGAUGACGUCAAUAGAAGGAUGUUCAGCCCACACGUUCCUGCAGAAAGUUAUCGUCCCAAUCUUCUCAUGGACGACCCAAAUCUUGAACCUUUCGAAGAAGAUAACUGGGAGUGGAUAAAAGUUGGGGACGUGAUCAUGAAAAACGUUUCGGAAUGUGGCAGGUGCAUCAUGACGACUAUCGAUAUGGAAACUGGGAUGAGAAGAUCUGAUAGAGAACCAUUGAAAACGAUGGAAAAAUAUCGUAUCAGUAAAGGCCCAGUUAAAGAUCCGGUUAUGGGUAUAAUGUUGGAAGUAUUCAGAACUGGAAAGAUAUCUGUAGGCGAUACUGUGUACGUUGGAAAAACAGUGUAAAAUAUUCCUUUAAGUUGAAUUAAUGCAGUUGGCAGUCCUCAAGUCUUACGCAAUGAAUUUAAGAUUUAAAAAUUCAAAAACUAUCAUUUUGAUAGGCAGCAUUGGAACCUCCAACGUAAAAUGAAUCUGAAAGAAACACUUGUCAUUGUAUCUUGAUGCGCCUUUUACUAACCAAGUCAGCAUCAUCAGAAGAUGACAAAGACUGUCUUUGUCUUGAUCAUCUCUUGGAAUUGAUGACUUGUUUAGCAAAACGCGCGUCGAAAGACGGCGUUUUUGUUCUGGUGUGGAAAAAGUGUUUCUCUAUAGAUUUUGUCUAAUUGAUACAAUUGAAUGUACAAACACAUGUCGUCCAUUGUUCAAAAAAUUGGGAAUCAUGACUCUUCCAUCGAUUUUCAUUUUUCAGUCACUGCUGGAAGUAUACAUAAAAUUAAGGGCACUCUUUUAACUAACUCCCACUUUCAUAAUUACGGAACACGUGGUGCUAAUCUUAUACGACCUGCUGAAUUCAAUCUACAGAAAUCUUCCAAGAAUUCCUUAGAUGUUAAUCUAUACAAUAAAUAUCUUGCCAACUACAGUCAAGAACUAAUCACAGACGCGUUUUAAAAAGGGCAUAAAAAAUUUCUCAUUGAUAAAGUGCGUGUAAUAAUAUCUUUCAGAAUGUAUUGUAUUCUGUUAUACAGUGAUGCUUGUAAUAAUGUAUUUGAAAAAAAAAUUGUCCCCCUUUUGGGUGCCUUGUGUUUUAGUUUUACUGUAGUGCUAAUGUUUUUUAUUUUAUUCGAUUUAAAAUGUUUGACUUAUCACCUGACUUGCUACAAAUGUUUGUUACAUAUAUGAAGUCAAAUAAACUAUCUAUCUAUCUAUCUCAUAUUGAAAAUCUUACAGUAAAUUGUGUCAACUAGAAUUAAUUUGGAUUUUCAUCAAGUAUCAGUCAGAUUUGUCCAUUUUUCUACUAUUUUGUAACAUUGAUUUCUCAUAUCAAUUAUUGAAGGAACAACUGGAAAACCGUUCAUAAUUGUUAUUUAUGAAUCGAGUUACUAAAUAGAUGUCAUUUAGGUAUGUAAUGUACAAUCUGAAAUAGGUAAUAUUCCUUAAAAACCAGUUUUGUAACGUGUUAGGUACAUAUCUCACAGAUUUUUUUUAUAUACCGCUUAUGAUUUUACAAUAGAAUUGAAUCCGUUUUUCAUAUAUUUUUCGAUUCUUUAUCAACUCUGUUAUUCAAGAAGAAAGUAUAGCAAGAAGAAUGUUAGAUAAGGAAAAUGCUUCAUUAAAAAAAUCUAAAAUUCAAAAAAA